CCGGUAAACCCCCGCCCAAUGAUCCAAGAUCUCGUCAACAAGGACGUGCUUGUUCGGCUCAAGUGGGGCGAGACCGAAUACAAGGGAAGACUCGUCAGCGUCGACUCGUACAUGAACAUCCAACUCAGCGGUGCCGAGGAAUACAUCGACCAAAAAUUGACCGGCGCGCUCGGACAGGUUCUGAUUCGGUGCAACAAUGUUCUCUACAUACGGGGAGCAGACCAGGGAAGCAACGGCGACGUGAAAAUGGAGGGUUGA